AUGGAAGGCCAGAACCCUCCCUUCCUCUUCACGCCCUCCCAGCUUCCAUCCUCCUCAUUAAUGCACCCUACUUCAGACCCAGAAAUUGACUGGGUCAGCCUUCUCUCUGCAGGCCCAUCUGGGCUCACCGACAAUAUGCCGAUGAUGAUGGAAAGCUGUUCCACAGUACUAUCCGAAAAUGGAAGUUUGGAAGAAAAGGGUAAUAAUAUCAAGGAUAAGAGAAGAGGUGGUAGGAUUAAAAGAACAACACGUCCUAGGUUCGCGUUUCAGACUCGGAGCGCCGACGAUAUUCUCGAUGAUGGCUACCGGUGGAGAAAGUACGGCCAGAAAGCUGUGAAAAACAGCAUUUAUCCCAGGAGCUACUAUCGCUGCACCCAUCACACAUGCAAUGUGAAGAAACAGGUUCAAAGGCUAUCGAAAGACACAAGCAUUGUGGUGACAACGUAUGAGGGCAUUCACAAUCAUCCCUGUGAGAAGCUGAUGGAAACCCUAACUCCUCUUUUGAAGCAAAUGCAGUUCCUCUCUAGGUUCUAAGCUCACUCCGCCAUGGCACAUGAACAAAUAUAUAUAACAAUCAUCACCAGAAGUAUAUUUGUUUCAUACUUAUUAUAACCUCAACACUUGUGCAUG